GGUCGAGCCCCGCUACUAGUUGGCUAGCAGCAACUGCUAUUUACUGGCGGAGUAGCUGUAGCGGAGGAAGGUUGCCUGAACUUGAAGCCAGAAAGAGACUGGAUGACGUACCGGUAAUGGACCUCUCGACUUUCUAGAAAUGAUGAGCUGAUUUGUCUAUCGACUGCAACCGCUAAACUAGAGGACCAAUAACAAAGAUGGCUAGUAAGGGAUAUGAGAGAUUUACUGACGAUGAAGAAGAGGAGGAAGUGUCUGGAAACACCCCUACAGAGUCGCCCUCAUCCCCAGCGGUCCUCCAAGAAGUCCAUCGGGUCGAUCCCUCGGCAGCGUCUGAACAGCAUGAUCUACCAGACUUGGAUCUCAGUCUUAAUGUCAGCACUGGAAUAAAUGAAGAAACUGGAGGUAGUGGUGGGGGGACCGGUGGAAGGGGUGGCGGCAAUGGUGAUCUGACAACUGAAACAAGAUCUUCCAGAUGGACAUAUGCAGCCUUCUACCGAUGGGUGACAAGCAAUGCUGUGAUGCUUUACAUCAGCCAGUUCUUAUCUGCAUGGGGUGAUCGUAUGUGGAGCUUCACUGUUGCCCUGUACCUUGUAGAGAUUCAGGAGCAAUCCCUCCGCUUGACGGCCAUCUAUGGACUAUGCAUUUCUGCUUCGUCUCUCAUCUUUGGCGCUGCCGUUGGGAAAUGGGUCGAUAGGACACCAAGAUUAAGAGCUGCCCGGACAUCGCUGAUCAUCCAAAACAGUUCUGUCCUGGUCAACGCCUGUCUUCUGUGCACAGUACUCCUCUUACAGUCGGACAUUCUGAAGAUCUGGAACGGUGGCCUUUACAUCAUCUGCCAACUGAUCAUCAUCAUCUUGGGGACCUUGGCAUCACUGGCCAGUCUGGCGGAAUCCAUCUGUAUCCAGAAGGAUUGGGUGGUCGUUGUGGCCGGAGGCGACAAGGAGGUACUUGCCGUAAUGAAUGCAAACAUGCGUCGUAUCGACCUGAUCAGUAACAUCCUCGCUCCCAUUGCCGUUGGUGCCAUCAUGACCUCAUCGAUGCUGGUAGGCGGUAUCUUUGUGGCAUCGUGGAACGCCGUUUCCAUGGUGAUUGAGUAUUGGAAUCUUUGGAGAGUGUACAGGAACGUACCCGAGUUGGCUUUCAAAGGAGGUGUGGACUGCACAGAUGAAGCUCUUCCUGAGCAGGAGGUCAUGAGCCAGUACUCUGAAAUGGGUGAGCCAGCCAUCGAGGAGCAAAACCAGAACAGUGACCCUGUGGGUGAUAUCCAGGUAUCAAGGGAUAACUAUGAAUCAGAGAGCAGGGAGGUUGAAUCUACGGAGGUUCCUGGACCAGUAACACCCUCGACGCAAGCUUCCCAGCCAACUACCCCGACCUCGAGGAUUGCCGGUGAUGGGGAAAGAGAGUUUACCGAGAUACCGGUCACUCCUACAUCAGCACCUCCUGCAUCAUCAUCAUCAGUUACCAUGGCAACGAAGGAUGGUGGAUGCUGUGGUAGAGUGACUAGACAGUUGAAGUAUAUGUUCGAAGGCUGGAAGGUGUACAAAUCCUACGUGGAGUUCUGGGCAGGUCUUGGUCUAGCUUUCCUCUACAUGACCGUACUGGGCUUUGAUUCUAUCACCAUAGGGUAUGGCUACUCUCAAGGAAUGCCAGAGUAUGCCAUGGGAAUCCUGCAAGCUCUUGGAUCAAUUACAGGUAUCUUUGGAACGAUGCUCUACCCGGUCAUGAGGAGUAGAAUUGGGCUGGAGAGGGCUGGACUCUACUCACUAGGGAUUCAGAUAUCUUUUCUCAUGCUAUGUGUCGGGUCACUGUGGGCUCCGGGAUCGCCUUUCAUCUACGACUAUGGCAACAGCACUGUUGAUGCAAGCCAGAGCAGUCCUCCAACGCUGUCCAUGAUGACCCGACAGGUCGGAGUGAUGGCGCCACCUACUGUUGGUCCGAGUACAACUGAGGCUCCGGACCUGUCCAGGGUACAGUGCAAAUACACGGGUUCCGAAGAGCAGCAGACGUCUCUCGCCUCGGCCAUCAUACUCUUCACAGGGAUUGUCAUGUCAAGGAUUGGCCUGUGGUCAUACGACCUCGUCACCACCCAGCUGAUACAGGAGAACGUUGUCGAGACGGAGAGAGGCGUUUUCAACGGCGUACAGAGGGCGCUCGAAUGCUGUUUCGACAUGAUCCACUUCAUCCUCGUCAUAGUUCUUCCGUGUCCCGAGACUUUUGGAUACCUGGUCAUAACGUCCAUUCUGUUCGUCUCCAUCGGCGCAUGCAGUUACAUGGUUUACUCGUACAAGCGGAGAGGGCACCUGGUCCAUAUGGAAAAGAUUGCGCCAUGUUUGAAGAACGGUCAUGUAUGAUCAUGCAACAUGUGGUAAAGCAUGAAUUCUAUCAUAGAAAGUGAAAGAGCUCAUUCUGAAGAUUUUUAUUCCUAAGUUUGAACUCUACAAAACUAUGAUAUUACAACGAUUCAUUAAUCCAAGGGUUUUUAAUUUCAAAUAAUUGAAUAAGGUUUGCUAUUCUGAAGAAUG